CGGUGAGCCUUUCCCGGGCGGUACAUAUCGGGCAGCGGCGGCGGGGCGGAUAGUGCAGCGGGACGGUGCGUUUGUGUGACAACCGCGGACUUACCGACAACAUGCCUCCGUUUCUAUUUGGUCUUCUGGGCUGCUCCCUGCUCGUCUCUGCUCAGGCCUUGUACUCCUCCAGCGACGAUGUGGUGGAACUGACUCCGUCCAACUUCAACAGAGAGGUGAUCCAGAGCGACGCGCUGUGGCUCGUCGAGUUCUACGCCCCCUGGUGUGGACACUGUAAGAACCUGGCCCCGGAGUGGAAGAAAGCCGCCACGGCCCUCAAGGGUGUGGUGAAGGUCGGAGCCGUGGACGCAGACCAGCACAAGUCUCUGGGAGGACAGUACGGCAUCAGAGGAUUCCCCACCAUCAAAGUGUUUGGAGGCAACAAGAACAAGCCCGAAGAAUACCAGGGAGGUCGGACCAGCCAGGCCAUCGUGGAAGGAGCUCUGAACGCCCUCAAGUCUCUGGUCAAAGACAGGCUCAGCGGGAAGUCCGGCGGCUCCAGCUACAAGCAGAGCGGAGGCAGCAGCGGCGGCGGCGGCAGCAGCGGGGGGCAGGACGUGGUGGAGCUCACGGACGAUAACUUCGAUAAACUGGUCCUGGGCAGUGAUGACGUGUGGAUGGUGGAGUUCUUCGCCCCCUGGUGUGGACACUGCAAGAAUCUGGAGCCGGAGUGGGCGGCCGCCGCGUCAUCGGUGAAAGAUCAGACCAAAGGCCGAGUGAAGCUGGGAGCAGUGGACGCCACAGUGCACCAGGGCCUGGCCAGCAGAUACUCCAUCCGAGGCUUCCCCACCAUCAAGAUCUUCCGUAAAGGAGAAGAGCCCGAGGACUACCAGGGGGGGCGCUCUCGAGGCGACAUCAUCAACGCGGCUCUGGACCUGUUCUCCGACAACGCCCCGCCUCCUGAACUCGUCGAGAUCAUAAAUGAAGACGCCCUGAAGAAGACGUGUGAGGACAGUCAGCUGUGUGUGAUCGCCGUGCUGCCUCACAUCCUGGACACAGGGGCUUCUGGGAGAAACGCCUACCUGGACGUGAUGAUGAAGAUGGCCGACAAGUACAAGAAGAAGAUGUGGGGGUGGCUGUGGACAGAGGCCGGAGCUCAGCUGGACCUGGAGGCCGCUCUGGGCAUCGGGGGCUUCGGGUAUCCCGCCAUGGCCGCCAUCAACACCAGGAAGAUGAAGUUUGCUCUGCUCAGAGGCUCCUUCAGCGAGACGGGCAUCCACGAGUUCCUCAGGGAGCUGUCGGUCGGCCGUGGUUCUACUGCCACACUGGGAGGAGGAAACAUGCCCAAGAUCAGCAAAGUGGAGCCCUGGGAUGGAAAAGAUGGACAGCUUCCGUUGGAGGAGGACUACGACCUCAGCGACGUGGAACUGGACGACGACUUUGGCAAAGACGAAUUAUGAGCCCCCGAGCCCGAACUCAUCCCGGACUUUACCCGGACCGGACCAGGUCUGGGGCCGGUCUUCGGUCCCACGGGCCACGCCUCCUCUCUCCUGUGGACGAACGGGGAGGCCGGGCGCCCGCAGUUACUGAAAAGUUACUCCUCCCAAGACCCGUCCGAAACCUGGGACCCGCGGGGCGACUUCACACAAAAACUGCUCACGUUUCUACUUUUAUUUUAUUUUUUUUUUAUUUCUGUGGCGUCGUGCGGAGCCUGUCACACGGGGAGGCCACAGAACAAACGGACGAAGUCAAAUUGUGAAUCCUCUUUGAAUGAUUGUGCUUUAAGUAAAUAUUUGAACGUGUUUAAGGUGCCUUCUGCUCCGGCUCCUCUGUGGUUUGUCUCAGCCGGUUCCUGCAGACGACGCCUCCAACCAAACGUCUAAACAAUUCUACAAAUUCUCACUGCAAAAAAUAACUGGUUAAUUCAGCAGAUUAAACCGGUCUGACUCACACAUAUAUAUAUAUUUAAAUGUUUUUCAGCUUCGACUUUGACUUUUCUGAUUUUCGUAUUUUUGAAAUCAGUCAAAUAAGAAACUUUGGUAACACUUUA